GGGGAGAAAGGAACGAUUUUUGACUCCUCUGUUUCCUGAAUCUGUCAAUUGCAUGCGAGUUUGCGGAAACCGGAGAGAAAAGUUUUGUCUUUUGGCCGGUUUUGAAUUGUGGGUGUUUUGGGUUUUCGUGUGUGCCCAGGUCGAGAGGGAAAUGGAGGCUCUGAAGACGAGUUUCAGGAUGGAAAUGGCCGCGAGACCGUUCGUUUCGGAUGAGAUUGUGUGGCCCGCCGCCCAUAAUACGCAGAACGCCUCGUCGUCCGACGACUUUCUCGUGGACGACCUCCUCGACUUCUCGAACGACGAAGGCUUAGCCCAAGCGCAAGAGCAGGAAGGGGAAGAGCGAAACCCAAAAGAAGAAGGAGGAGGAGGAGGAGGAGGAGGAGGAGAAGGAGAAGGGGCGAAAUUAGUUUCCUCUGCUUCUUACUCAGCUGAAGAGCGGUUUUCAGCCGAAAAAGACGAACUUGGGCCUUUGCCCGCCAGUGAACUCAGCGUUCCGGAUGAUGAUUUGGCCGACCUUGAAUGGCUGUCCCAUUUUGUAGACGAUUCCUUCACCAAAUUCUCCUCUCCGUUUCCCGCCGGGUUCCCGGCGGAGAAGCCUCGGAAUCCGCAAAAUCACCAGAACCGGUCCGGACCGGAAGCUCUGGGUUUGGGGACGCCUCAUUUCGCCACUCCCUCUCAGGCUAAAUCCAGGAGGAGCAAGCGCGCGAGGACAGGCGGUCGGGUCUGGUCCCUCGGGUCGCCGUCUCUAACCGACGCUUCCUCGAGCAGCUGCUCGUCGUCGUCGACGAGCUCCAACUCGCCGGCGAGUAACUGGCUCGUUUGCACGACCCACCCGGUCCAGAGAUUUGAACCGCUCGAGAAUGUGACCUACUUGGAGUCGAAACUGCCGGCGAAGAAGCAGAAGAGGCCGGCCCAGCAGGCGUCUGGCCCCACCCAGCCGACGCGGCGGUGCAGCCACUGCGGCGUGCAGAAGACCCCGCAGUGGAGAGCCGGCCCGCUCGGCGCGAAGACCCUCUGCAACGCCUGCGGAGUCCGGUUCAAGUCGGGCCGGCUGUUUCCAGAGUAUAGGCCCGCUUGUAGCCCGACCUUCUCGAGCGAGAUGCACUCGAACCACCACAGGAAAGUGCUGGAGAUGCGGCGGAAGAAGGAGGUGCUGGGUCCAACCGGGUCCGCUCAGGCUGUCCCCAGCUUUUGAAAUUUUCCCCUUGCAGCGCUCGAGUCAAUAGUUGAGAAGAAUGGACCGGUUCGGUUCGGUCCGGUCCGCUAGGUCCCCCACCGGAGAGAGUUAGGUCCGUCGGUAUUCACUACAAUACAUUAAUUUCCGCGGACGAAUGCGUUAGAUUAGGUCUAGGCCAUGAAGGGAGAGUGACUCAUUAGUGUACCUUCUUUCUUUCACUAAUUUUCAGAUUAAGAAGCUUUCAAUUUGAUUUGUCGUUUUU